AUACAGUUAUAUUUCCCUUCCACAGAUAUACCCCAACCCUUGGGUUUUUUCCAGUUCCAAGGUAGCUUGAGGUAACCUUGAAAUUGGCAACACUCAUGCAUACCGGAAAUAUGAGAGUGCCCUUCUCCAACAGGAGACCUGCACAGCUUCGUCUUCGGAUCAAGUGUCACAGGUAGUGAAAGUCUGGAGGACAGAAUAUCUACUUAGUUUUAGUUGGAGAGGGUCAGUCAUGGAUGAGGGAACAGCUAAUGGAGUCAUUCACCCAUUGGAUCCUCUUACUCCCUUUGAAACUAAAGAUAGCAAUAGUGCCAGUUACAUCUUCUCAAGGUGUAAUAGCACAGGUUCGCUUCACACACCCACCUCUUCUGCUGCAAAUACCAGUAGGUGUUGUGAAAUAUCAUCAACAGAUGAUGAGGAUAGUGACUACAAGUCUAACAGUCUCAGCUAUAAAGAGAGGCGUCGGGAGGCUCACACACAUGCAGAACAAAAGCGUCGUGAUGCCAUCAAGAGAGGUUAUGAGUCUUUGCAAGAAGUGGUCCCAAAAUGUCAGCAACUUGAUAGUUAUCUUCAGCAGCAGAAAAGGAAACAAGAAGGUGAAUUAGCUCGACUGAGGAAAGAAGUUAUGGCACUGGAAAUCAUGAAGGCAUCAUGCGAAGAGCUGGUUCGAGCCCAUCGAAACAGACCCAUGCACAGCGAGCAACAGAGCAUGCAAGAAUUGCUGUCUGGGAUCCUGGUGCAGCUACCACCAAAUGCUACUCUGCCUCAUCUGCCAUCAUACUCUGAGGGGAAAUUUAAACAUGCAGUUCCAUCAACUGCUCCAUAUUAACCCUCCUCUAUUUCCAAGUUUUUUUUUUUUUGCUUCUUAGCUUUCUUUCCCAUCAAGAUGUAGUUCUGGUCCUGUUUUCUCAUGUUUGUUCAUAUUUGAGUAUUUUUUUUUUUUUUGCCAAGAGGUUUUUGAGACUGAGGCUGAUGCUCAUCACCCCUGAAUAUAUGUGCAAUCCUGAUAUGACGAGAGAUUUGAAAUCCCAGUUCUAGUCAAUAACAAUAAAUUAGGCUGGAAUGGGUCCACCAGGAUCUCGUCCAAGUUCAAAUUAAGAGAAGAGUUUCGCUCAAAUUUCUUCUGCAACAUCUUUAAAUUUUAAUUACCUAUAUGUAGGUGCUGCUUAGUGCAAUCUCCUUGGAAAUGGAACAGAUGUUAACCAUAAAACAUAUGUCUACUAUAGUUAUUCCAGAGAGGAACUCCACUUCCAAAUUGUACUUCUUGAUGAAAUGCAAACUUUUCUAUUUAGCUUCAGUGAAUUUUUGUUACCUGCUAUGUUAGAGCAAUUGAGCUUCUCCUGUGAUAUGAGUUCAUAAGUCUAGAUCAGAUAUUCAGUGGUAAAGUUUUCUGUUCUUAAUUGAGGCAUUCAUAUUGGCAGCAGAGAUGAACUGCAGAUGAAGAUUUGUACACAGUUCAAGAGUCAGAUAUACUGGUCUUUGAAAUUGUUUCCUGCUGGCAUAUGUAGUGUGUGCACAAUGAAUGUUGGAUUUUCACCUUUUCUUUCCUGGGAUGCACCAAUGGCUGAUGAAUGUUUGAGAUUGGGGCCUGGCUUGA